AUGGGGUUGAGUUUUCUUCUUUAUGUGCUUUUAGUGUCAACAGUUUCCAUUGUUGUUUCGGCUUCUCUUUCUCUAAAUACGGACAAAGAAGCUUUGAUCUCGUUUAGGUCUCAAAUAAGCCAAAACCCACAAACCCUUUCUUUCUUUUGGGACAAAAACACAUCUCCUUGUAAUUGGACUGGCGUGUCUUGCAACACAAGAAACAGAAGAGUGGCUUCCAUCAACCUCUCUAGUCGCGGUCUCACCGGUUCCAUAAGCCCAAGUAUUGGUAAUCUCUCUUUUCUCACAUCUCUUCAACUUCAAAAUAACCAACUUCAAGGUACAAUUCCAGAAGAGAUUACAAAUCUUUUCCGUUUAAAGGUUCUUAAUCUAAGCUCCAAUAGCAUAGGAGGAUCCUUACCUUCCAACUUAAAUAAGUUAGUCGAUCUCCAGAUCCUCGAUCUAACCUCAAACACUAUCACUGGUCUUGUUCCAAACCAACUUGGUGAUCUCAAGAACCUCAAUAUCCUAAACUUGGGCAAAAAUCUUUUCUAUGGACCAAUUCCACCAUCUCUUUCAAACAUUUCAUCACUAACUGUUUUAAACCUGGGUACAAACUCUCUUAGUGGUACAAUACCUUACGAAUUGGGUCGUCUUCAAAAGCUUCAAGUCCUUGAUCUCACCAUAAAUAACCUCACUGGAACAGUUCCUCCUUCUAUUUACAACAUAUCUUCUCUAGUCUCUUUGGUUCUUGCUUCAAACAACUUAUGGGGUAAAUUUCCAAGCAACAUAGGAGAAACACUUCCUAAUCUCUUGGUUUUCAACAUAUGUUUCAACAAGUUCAGCGGAGAGAUUCCAGAUUCUCUAUAUAACCUCACAAACAUUAAGGUAAUCCGUGCUGCGCAUAACCUUCUAGAAGGGACCAUACCAUCAAGACUAGGCAAUCUCCCAUUUCUAGAAAUGUACAAUAUUGGUUUCAACAAGUUAGUUUGGGACAGAGAUCAAGAUCUCGAGCAGUUCAUCAAAUCUUUGAGUAAUAGCUCGCGACUUGACUUUCUUGCAUUUGAUGGAAAUCUCUUGGAGGGUGUUAUUCCGGUAUCUAUUGGCAAUCUUUCGAAGAAUCUUUCGAAACUUUUCAUGGGAGGAAACCGCUUCACGGGUAAAAUUCCUGAAUCUAUUGGACGUCUCACAGGCUUGACCCUCCUUAACGUGAGUGAUAAUUCACUUACUGGAGAAAUCCCUCGAGAUAUUGGGAAUUUGAAAGGGUUACAAGUGCUAGAACUCGCGAGAAAUCAACUUAGUGGAAGAAUCCCAGAUUCUUUGGGGGAUCUUGGCGCGUUAAAUGAGAUCAAUUUGUCUCAUAAUAGACUAGAAGGUAUGAUCCCGUCAUCUUUUGGAAACUUCAAGAAAGUUCUAUCAAUGGACCUAUCCAACAACAUGCUAAAUGGAAGCAUACCAAAGGGAGUUCUUAACCUACAUAGCUUGAGUGCCAUCUUGAAUCUAUCUAGAAACCUAUUAUCUGGACCUAUUCCUCAAGAUGUAAGUCGCCUCGAAAGCCUUGUAAGCCUAGAUAUUUCUGAUAACCAGUUAUCAAGCAACAUUCCUUCUUCUAUCAAAGGUUGUCAGAGCUUAGAGAAGCUAAACAUGGCUAGGAAUAAUCUGUCCGGACCAAUCCCGGAAAGUGUGGCAGAGUUGAAAGGUUUAGAGCUUCUAGAUCUAUCUUCAAACCAAUUUUCCGGUUUUAUUCCCCUGAAACUUCAAGAUUUACAAGCCCUCAAGUCUUUGAAUCUUUCAUUUAACAAUCUUGAAGGAUGGAUCCCAAGUAAUGGGAUUUUCAAGGAUAAGUCUAGCGUUUCUAUGGAGGGAAAUCUGAAGCUAUGCACCCCCACCACAUGUCGAAAAAGUCAGAAGCACAAAAAACUUUUGAAAGUGACCAUUGUUACAUGUGUGGUAGGUGUAAUAGCUAUAGGCGUGGUAUCUUUCUUGAUUUUGAAAAGAAGAGCAAAAAAUUCUAUCCCAUCUGCAUCAUCAAGUUCACUUUUAAAGGAACCAUUCAUGAACGUCUCAUAUGAUGAGCUCAAAAGAGCUACCGAUAGUUUCAACUCUAGAAAUCUUCUCGGCGUUGGAAGCUUUGGAUCAGUAUUCAAAGGGGUAGUACAAGGAGCUGAUCUCGCGGUAAAAGUCAUCGAUCUCAAAGCCCACGGAUACUAUAAAGGAUUUAUAGCAGAGUGUGAGGCUUUGAGGAAUGUAAGGCAUAGGAAUCUUGUGAAACUAAUAACUUCUUGCUCAAGCAUUGACUUCAAAAACACUGAGUUUCUAGCUUUGGUGUAUGAGUUUUUGAGCAAUGGAAGCUUAGAAGAAUGGAUCAAAGGCAAGAAGGUAAAAUCUGAUGGGAGAGUUGGUUUAAGUCUUGAAGAAAGAGUGAAUGUAGCCAUUGACAUUGCAUCUGCAUUGGAUUAUUUGCACAAUGAUUGUGAGGUUCCUAUUGUUCAUUGUGAUUUGAAACCAAGCAAUAUUCUUCUAAACGAAGAGAUGGUUGCAAAGGUCGGAGACUUUGGACUGGCUCGUGUGUUAUUUAACGCAUCUGAUGAUGGUCUUCAUGCUUCUAUAAGUUCCACACACGUCUUGAAAGGCUCCAUUGGCUACAUCCCUCCAGAGUAUGGGCUUGGAGAAAAGCCAUCACGAGCAGGAGAUGUGUAUAGCUUUGGAGUGAUGUUGUUAGAGCUUUUUAGUGGGAAAAGCCCAAUGGACGAGAGCUUCCAAGGAGAUCAAAGUUUGGUGAAAUGGAUAAGUCAUGGGUUUCAAAAUAAUGCGAUUAUGGAAGUGAUCGACCCUAGACUUAAGGGACUCAUGGACGAUAUUUAUGGUGCACAGCUUCACACAAAACUUGAUUGCCUUAACAAAAUUGUGGAAGUUGGAUUGGCUUGCACUGUUUAUGCAGCUGGUGAUCGGAUGAACAUGAGAGAUGUGCUACGCAUUUUAAAAGCGACCAAAGGGCAUGCUUGUUAA